GCUCCCUUCCCCUCGAUGAAAUGGCGCCAUUGCGUUCAGAAGGCACGGCGAAGAGCGGGCGGGAGGGGGGUGCCAGGCUGGUUCGCACCGCUUAAGAGCCUAGAGAAAACUUUAGAAACUGUUCCUUUGGAGAGGAAAAAGAGAGAAAAGGAACAGUUCCGUAAACUCUUCAUUGGUGGCUUGAGCUUUGAAACCACAGAAGAAAGUUUGAGGAACUACUACGAGCAAUGGGGGAAACUUACAGACUGCGUGGUAAUGAGAGAUCCUGCAAGCAAAAGAUCAAGAGGAUUUGGUUUUGUAACUUUUUCAUCCAUGGCUGAGGUUGAUGCUGCCAUGGCUGCAAGACCCCAUUCAAUUGAUGGCAGAGUGGUUGAGCCAAAACGUGCUGUUGCAAGAGAGGAGUCUGGAAAGCCAGGGGCUCAUGUAACUGUGAAGAAGCUGUUCGUUGGUGGGAUUAAAGAAGAUACUGAGGAACAUCAUCUUAGAGAUUACUUUGAGGAAUAUGGAAAAAUUGAUACCAUUGAGAUAAUUACUGAUAGGCAGUCUGGAAAGAAAAGAGGCUUUGGAUUUGUUACUUUUGAUGACCAUGAUCCUGUGGAUAAGAUUGUGUUGCAGAAAUAUCAUACCAUCAAUGGUCAUAAUGCAGAAGUAAGAAAGGCUUUGUCUAGACAAGAAAUGCAGGAAGUUCAAAGUUCUAGAAGUGGAAGAGGAGGCAACUUUGGUUUUGGAGAUUCUCGCGGUGGCGGUGGAAAUUUUGGACCAGGACCAGGAAGUAACUUUAGAGGAGGGUCUGAUGGCUAUGGAAGUGGUCGAGGAUUUGGGGAUGGCUAUAAUGGGUAUGGAGGAGGACCUGGAGGUGGCAAUUUUGGAGGUAGCCCUGGUUAUGGAGGAGGAAGAGGAGGAUAUGGUGGUGGAGGACCUGGAUAUGGCAACCAGGGUGGGGGCUACGGAGGUGGUUAUGACAACUAUGGAGGAGGAAAUUACGGAAGUGGAAAUUACAAUGAUUUUGGAAAUUAUAACCAGCAACCAUCUAACUAUGGUCCAAUGAAGAGUGGAAAUUUUGGUGGUAGCAGGAACAUGGGGGGACCAUAUGGUGGAGGAAACUAUGGUCCUGGAGGAAGUGGAGGAAGUGGGGGCUAUGGAGGGAGAAGCCGAUAUUGAGCUUCUUCCUAUUUGCCAUGGGAAGGUGUCUUGCUGCAGGUAACUAAUGAAGAAGUGGUCAACCACAGAGUCUUCAAGAAAUAAGAAAUUCUGUACCAUCUGAAAGUAGUUCUUGUUGGUGCCUUCAUUUUAAAAAGCACUCUAAGAUUAAAGGGAAAUGUUUUCUGAUAAAAUACAAACUUCAUUUAGUAUAGGUUCUUAAUAUAAAACAAUUACAAGUUGAGUAUUGUUUGUACAAGUAACAAAAUCAGCUAGAGAUAAAUGUAUCAUGUUUUAAAUUAGGUUUUGUGAGUAGACAGAUUAAAGUUCUAUUUUAAAUAUAAAAUUUAUAAAAUAAAUACUUUUGUAUCCAAAUACUUGGUGUAAUGUUUACACAUAAAAUGUGUGAAUCUUGUUCUAUAAACCUUCAGUUGUCUAAAGAAUUGCCAUCCCCUAGAUUUUUAAAGCAGUUUCACAAAGCUGUGCAUAUUACCAUUUUCUAUUCAAUACUAAUAGAUGAGAAGAGCAUUGUGGACAUUAUUGGCUGUCCCUAAUAAAAAUGCCAUUCUUUAUACACUGUAUAUUUAGCGUUCGAAUGCUGCUAUAGUUUCUCUGGCUUUACCCUGUGCGUUCAACAUUGCUGGUGGUGGUUUAAGCAGCUAGAGUGGUCCAAGUUAAGUGGUUAUGCAAAGCACCAAGACAUAGAAUCUGUUAUAGUUCAAGAAAUGUUGCAUUUUAUCAUUAUCGGUAGCUGUCUUAAAAGGGUUUUGAGUGUGGUGGACACAAUCUAGUAAAAGUGACUUUCGUACUUUGGACAUUUACCUGAAAUAACAGCAUAAAAAUAUGAAACAUGUUAA